GAGGAUUGAACAGCACCAGAGAGGCAGACAGACGCCACUCGGCUGCUGUCCUUACUGCUCAGAUGGGUCUUACUGCCGCUUUGGCUCCAGGAGCCCGAACUCUGGACAGCUGCACCUGAUAGCCACCAGGCUGAAUAGCCCACCACAUUCUCCAGUGAUUGCCCUCUGUAAACGAUAGGAAUGUACUGGAAACUUGCAGUAUCCGUCCUGCUGGCAGGAGUCCUCUGUAUACCAGUGGAUUCCAGAAAGAAUCGACCACAAAGUGCCAUUCCCUCACCAUACAAAGGUAGCGGAAAUGUGUUGGAGGGUCAGCCACACAAGCCGGAGGUGCUGGCCUCCAGCCAGGAGGCUCUGGUGGUGACAGAGCGGAAGUACCUACGGAGCGACUGGUGCAAGACUCGGCCGCUGCGGCAAACGGUGGCCGAAGAAGGCUGCCGGACUUUUACGGUUAUGAACCGCUUCUGCUACGGCCAGUGCAACUCCUUCUACAUCCCACAGCACAUCCGGAAGGGCCAGGAGGCCUUCCAGUCAUGCGCAUUUUGCCGACCACACAAGUUUGCCACCCUCAUGGUGGAGCUUGAAUGCCCCGGCCUGCAGCCCCCCUUCCGCCACCUCAAGAUACAUCGGGUCAAACAAUGUCGCUGCAUUUCAACCGACGUCCCAAAAAUCCACAGGCCGUGAGAUCUUUGCUGCACAACCAAACCAGUACAAGUAAUAUUUCUUCUCAAAGGAGAUGUCUUAUGAGUCUUGGUAAAGAAGAUCAAAAACUUAUUCUGUAUUUACCUGCUAUAUAAAAAGUCAACCUCCCUUUUUGAAGAUGAAAAACACCCAGAGACUACAGUUAAGGAUCGCUGCUGGAGAGAUGAACAGGCGCAAGUGGGAUUUUUAGGUAGCUUCUUGAAAGUCUCCUGUCUUGGGCACGUAAAUGUAAGACGAUAAAAGUAUGAAACAUAUAUGUUUUCAAAGCUAUAUUAUUAUACAAGUGCAAUAAUCAUUGAAUCAUCUGACCAGGGAGUAUUGGAUGUGCUUUAUGCUACAGAAAUGUGCAUCUUCUGUGAUGACUACGGAUUACUGGUACUUUGAAUCAUUAUAUUUGUCUGUUAAUUACAUCCAGACGUAAGGUGAAGUAAAAUAUCCAAAAUGGUACUAAAACUGAAAUGCUAAGACGGCAAUUUAACCGAAUAUACUCAAGAACAUUUGGUGAAGGCAAGUGUAUAACACACAGUAUAUAAACUAUUAAUCAAAACACUCAGCCAUGUAGGACUAAUACAGUACAAUGUGAGAAAUAUAAAAGAAUACUAUUAAGUAACCGUAAAUGCCAGUUAAUACUAAUUUGUGAAAAACACAGAUCAGUUUUGUUUUAAGCAAAUAAUAUUCAGUACAGAACGAAACAUGCAAGAUUGAUGUUAACUGUAGUCUAAUACAUAUUUUAUUUACAGUUGCGCAAACUACAUUUUCUCAAAAACAAAAACUUGGUGAGAAGCGCUACAUAAUUGUGCAUUGCAUUAAAAUAUAAACAAAAAAAAUCUUAAGGCCUCUAAAUAUAGCUACUGAAAUCAAACUAAACAAAGUAAUCAUUUUCUUAAACAUAAAAGCACUGUAUCACCAAGCAAACAGGUCCUUCCGGUUACUAGUUUACUUUUCAUAUGACUUACUGUAAUAACACCUCAGUUACAUUUUAUUCGGAGCUCUAUGAAAAGCUAUAACUCUUUCUUUGAAAUUAAAACAUAUCACAAAAUAAAAACAUAAUUCUUUUCUCUUUCCGUAGAACUGAUCGUUAUGCAUCCUUACCUUUUAUAAUUUACCUUUGGACAGUAUACAUCGGAUAAAUUAUUUAACUGUGGAUUAAUUACAGUCAAAUUUGUUGUGAUUUAACUUCAUUUAACUUAAGUCCAGCAUUUUUUUAAUUGCACUGUGAAUGAAAUUAGUAUGACAGUAAUUGUAUAUAUAUAUAUAUAUAUAUAUAUAUAUAUAUAUAUAUAUAUAUAUAUA